GGUCCCGGCCCUGCGAGAGUGAGCCGCCGCCGCGGUCCCCCGCCGUCCCCGCCGCCUCGGGCGCGCCACCAUGGGGCCCCGGCUCGGCGUCUGGCUGCUGCUGCUGCCCGCCGCCCUCCUGCUCCACGAGGAGAGCAGCCGGGCCGCCGCGAAGGGCGGUUGUGCUGGCUCUGGGUGCGGGAAAUGUGACUGCCACGGAGUGAAGGGACAGAAGGGAGAAAGAGGCCUCCCAGGAUUACAAGGUGUCAUCGGGUUUCCGGGAAUGCAGGGACCUGAGGGCCCCCAGGGACCCGCAGGACAGAAGGGUGACACUGGAGAACCAGGACUGCCAGGCACUAAAGGGACAAGAGGGCCCCCAGGAGCAUCUGGUUACCCUGGAAACCCAGGACUUCCUGGUAUUCCUGGCCAGGAUGGGCCCCCGGGUCCCCCAGGCAUCCCGGGAUGCAACGGGACAAAGGGUGAGAGAGGACCAGUGGGACCUCCGGGUUUGCCUGGAUUUGCUGGAAAUCCUGGACCACCAGGGUUGCCAGGCAUGAAGGGGGACCCCGGUGAAAUACUCGGCCACAUACCUGGGACCCUCCUGAAAGGUGAAAGAGGAUUUCCUGGCCCCCCAGGAGCACCCGGCUCCCCAGGAUUGCCAGGGCUGCAGGGUCCCGUCGGCCCUCCCGGCUUCACCGGACCACCCGGUCCUCCAGGCCCUCCUGGCCCUCCAGGCGAAAAGGGGCAAAUGGGCUUGAGUUUCCAAGGACCGAAAGGCGACAAGGGUGAUCAAGGGGUCAGUGGGCCCCCAGGAGUGCCAGGACAAGCUCAAGUUAAAGAAAAAGGAGACUUUGCCACUAAAGGAGAGAAGGGUCAAAAAGGUGAACCAGGAUUUCAGGGAAUGCCAGGGAUUGGAGAGAAAGGUGAACCUGGAAAACCGGGACCCCGAGGAAAGCCCGGAAAAGAUGGUGAAAAAGGAGAAAAAGGAAGCCCAGGGUUCCCAGGCGAUUCGGGGUACCCCGGACUCCCAGGCCGAGAGGGUUUAAAGGGAGACAAAGGUGAAGCAGGCCCCCCCGGCCCCCCUGGCACUGUCAUUGGCCCCGGACUCUUGGGAGAGAAGGGAGAGCGGGGGUACCCAGGAGCUCCAGGGUUGAGAGGAGAGCCAGGUCCCAAAGGCUUCCCAGGAUUGCAAGGCCAGCCGGGCCCUCCAGGCUUACCGAUACCAGGGCAGCCGGGCGCCCCUGGCUACCCGGGUGAGAGAGGAGAGAAAGGUGACCGGGGCUUUCCAGGCGUGUCCUUGCCCGGACCAGGUGGAAGGGAUGGAUUCCCAGGCCCCCCUGGGCCCCCCGGCCCCCCUGGGCAGCCAGGCCACACAAAUGGAAUUGUGGAAUGCCAGCCGGGGCCACCAGGUGACCAGGGCCUUCCCGGAAGUCCGGGCCAGCCGGGGUUGACGGGCGAAGUUGGAGAAAAAGGUCAAAAAGGAGAGAGUUGCCUCAUCUGUGACUCAACAGGACUUCGUGGGCCCCCUGGGCCACAGGGCCCCCCAGGAGAAAUAGGUUUUCCAGGACAGCCCGGGGCCAAGGGCGACAGAGGCUUACCCGGCAGAGAUGGCCUUGAGGGACUGCCUGGCCCGCAAGGCGCACCAGGGCUGAUGGGCCAGCCAGGAGCCAAGGGAGAGCCUGGCGAGAUUUACCUCGACAUUCGGCUCAAGGGUGACAAAGGAGACCCCGGGUUCCCAGGCCAGCCCGGCAUGCCAGGCAGAGCAGGCUCUCCAGGAAGAGACGGCCACCCCGGUCUGCCCGGCCCCAAGGGCUCCCCGGGUUCCGCAGGACUGAAAGGGGAACGCGGCCCCCCCGGAGGAGUUGGAUUCCCUGGCAGUCGUGGUGACAUCGGCCCUCCCGGGCCCCCAGGGUUUGGCCCCAUUGGUCCCAUUGGUGACAAAGGACAGGCGGGCUUCCCGGGCAACCCUGGGGCCCCAGGCCAGCCAGGUCCCAAGGGCGAAGCAGGAAAAGUCGUGCCCUUGCCUGGCCCCCCCGGAGCAGAAGGACUGCCGGGGUCCCCCGGUUUCCAAGGGCCUCAAGGUGACCGAGGUUUUCCUGGAACCCCAGGAAGGCCGGGCCUCCCGGGAGAGAAGGGUGCAGUCGGCCAGCCUGGAAUUGGAUUUCCAGGGCCCCCGGGUCCCAAAGGUGUUGAUGGUUUACCUGGAGAUGCUGGACCGCCCGGGAAUCCCGGUCGCCAAGGGUUUAACGGCUUACCUGGCAACCCAGGUGCGCCCGGCCAAAAGGGAGAGCCUGGAAUCGGGCUGCCAGGACUCAAAGGGCUGCCAGGGCUGCCCGGCACCCCCGGAACCCCUGGGGAGAAGGGAAACGUCGGGGGACCAGGAGUUCCUGGAGAGCACGGCGCCAUCGGCCCCCCAGGCCUUCAGGGAAUCCGAGGUGACCCAGGACCUCCUGGAUUGCAAGGUCCCAAAGGAGCACCGGGAGUCCCCGGAAUAGGGCCCCCUGGAGCCAUGGGCCCCCCUGGAGGACAGGGGCCCCCAGGAUCAUCAGGACCCCCUGGAGUGAAAGGAGAGAAGGGCUUUCCGGGAUUCCCAGGCCUGGACAUGCCGGGCCCAAAAGGAGACAAGGGGGUGCAGGGGCUCCCCGGCCUGACGGGACAGUCAGGGCUGCCUGGCCUCCCUGGACAGCAGGGCACACCCGGGCUGCCCGGGUUUCCAGGUCCCAAGGGAGAGAUGGGUGUCAUGGGCACCCCUGGACAGCCCGGCUCACCAGGACCUGCCGGUGCACCAGGACUGCCGGGUGAAAAAGGCGACCACGGCUUCCCAGGCUCCUCGGGACCCAGGGGAGACCCUGGCUUCAAGGGCGAUAAGGGAGAUGUGGGUCUCCCUGGCAAGCCGGGGUCCAUGGAUAAAGUGGACAUGGGCAGCAUGAAGGGCCAGAAGGGAGACCAAGGAGAGAAAGGACAGACUGGCCCAACCGGUGACAAAGGAUCCCGGGGAGACCCCGGAGCCCCAGGAGUGCCCGGAAAGGACGGCCAGGCAGGGCACCCUGGGCAUCCAGGACCUAAAGGUGACCCAGGCAUAAGUGGGACCCCAGGUGCUCCGGGACUUCCUGGACCCAAAGGAUCGGUUGGUGGCAUGGGCCUGCCAGGAACCCCCGGAGAAAAAGGUGUGCCUGGCAUCCCCGGCCCUCAGGGCGUCCCCGGCUUACCUGGAGAGAAGGGAGCAAAAGGAGAGAAAGGACAGGCGGGUCUACCUGGCAUCGGGAUUCCAGGAAGGCCUGGCGACAAGGGAGACCAAGGCCUGGCGGGCUUCCCGGGAAGCCCUGGAGAGAAGGGAGAGAAGGGGAGCUCGGGGAUCCCGGGGCUGCCCGGUUCUCCGGGCCCCAAGGGCUCACCUGGGACUGUAGGCUAUCCAGGAAGCCCCGGGUCGCCUGGAGAAAAAGGCGACAAAGGGCUCCCGGGACUGGAUGGCGCCCCCGGCAGCAAAGGAGAAGCAGGUCUUCCUGGGAAGCCUGGCCCCACGGGCCCCGCGGGCCAGAAGGGGGAGCCCGGCAGCGACGGGAUCCCAGGGUCGGCAGGAGAGAAGGGUGAACCAGGUCUGCCCGGAAGAGGAUUCCCAGGGUUUCCAGGGACCAAAGGAGAGAAAGGUUCAAAGGGUGACGUGGGCUUCCCAGGCUUAGCCGGGAGCCCAGGAAUUCCUGGAUCCAAAGGAGAGCAAGGAUUCAUGGGGCCUCCGGGGCCCCAGGGACAGCCGGGAUUGCCGGGGAUUCCAGGCCACGCCGUGGAGGGACCCAAAGGAGAUCGGGGUCCACAGGGACAACCCGGGCUCCCAGGGCUUCCGGGACCCAUGGGGCCUCCAGGGCUCCCUGGACUUGAUGGACUGAAAGGUGACAAGGGAAACCCAGGCUGGCCGGGGGCUCCUGGUGCUCCAGGGCCCAAGGGAGACCCAGGAUUCCAGGGCAUGCCGGGGAUUGGCGGUUCUCCAGGAAUCACGGGCUCCAAGGGUGACAUGGGACCUCCAGGAGUUCCAGGGUUUCAAGGUCAGAAGGGCCUCCCUGGGCUCCAGGGAGUGAAAGGUGACCAAGGAGACCAAGGGUUCCCCGGAACUAAAGGUCUCCCCGGCCCCCCUGGCCCCCCCGGUCCCUACGACAUCAUCAAAGGGGAGCCAGGGCUCCCUGGUCCUGAGGGCCCCGCAGGGCUGAAGGGGCUGCAGGGACCUCCAGGCCCCAAAGGACAGCAGGGUGUGACGGGAUCGGUGGGCUUACCUGGGCCACCAGGUAUCCCCGGGUUUGACGGUGCCCCUGGCCAGAAAGGAGAGACGGGACCCUUUGGACCUCCUGGCCCCAGAGGCUUCCCGGGUCCGCCCGGGCCUGACGGGCUGCCAGGAUCCAUGGGACCCCCGGGCACCCCAUCGGUCGAUCACGGCUUCCUCGUGACCAGGCACAGUCAAACCACAGAUGACCCCCAGUGUCCUCCUGGCACCAAGAUCCUCUACCAUGGCUAUUCUCUGCUCUACGUGCAGGGCAACGAGCGGGCGCACGGCCAGGACUUGGGCACGGCCGGCAGCUGCCUGCGCAAGUUCAGCACCAUGCCCUUCCUCUUCUGCAACAUCAACAACGUCUGCAACUUCGCGUCCCGGAACGACUACUCGUACUGGCUGUCGACGCCCGAGCCCAUGCCCAUGUCCAUGGCGCCCAUCACCGGGGACAGCAUCAGGCCCUUCAUCAGCAGGUGUGCGGUGUGCGAGGCGCCGGCCAUGGUGAUGGCCGUGCACAGCCAGACCAUCCAGAUCCCGCAGUGCCCCAGCGGCUGGUCCUCCCUCUGGAUUGGCUACUCCUUUGUGAUGCACACCAGCGCCGGUGCCGAAGGUUCUGGCCAGGCCCUGGCGUCCCCCGGCUCCUGUCUGGAGGAGUUCAGAAGUGCCCCAUUCAUCGAGUGCCAUGGCCGCGGGACCUGCAAUUACUAUGCAAACGCCUACAGCUUCUGGCUCGCCACCAUAGAGCGGAGCGAGAUGUUCAAGAAGCCCACGCCGUCCACCUUGAAGGCCGGGGAGCUGCGCACGCACGUCAGUCGCUGCCAGGUGUGCAUGCGGAGAACAUGACGAGGCGGCCCUCGGCGACGUCACAACAUGGUGCUACUCCUUCCCUUCCCUUCUUCCUCUAACAGCAACGAACCCCAGAAGUAGACUCUGUGUACCUCACUGUCCAGUAGGGAAACCAUAAAGGUGCCUUAUAGGAAAAUCCGCGUAACUAACACACCCUGCUUGUUGGCCUCUUCUUGCUGAAGGAGAACGCGAGACCACGCUAAGCUGUCCCCAGGGACGCACCGAAUGGCACUUGCGAUGAAAUAAAAAUCUGUCUGUUCUACAGUCCAGUGCACUGAUGUGUGAAGUGAGGCUCAUCAGCAAACCACAGGGUGCCAGGAGGGCGCGGGGCCCGCCGCCCCGGCCAGCGCCCGUGUCCGUGCCUGUGUCGUCACAGCCCCGUUUCCACCCCCGCUGAACGCUCCCUUUCUAUCACUGUGUAGCCGUUUCACCGUUCGGGUCCCUUGGUCUGUACCAGCCACAGUCACGCGACGGCGGUGUCUGGCGCCCCCAGCCCCGCCGUCCGACCCCCAGAGAGAAACGUCUGUCUUUCUGCUCUGUGUGGUACUAUGCAGCUGCUUUUGCAGAAUAUCACGGAUUUCCUGUGGAACAAAGAUGGUCCCCCAAGUAGGCAGAAAUGAAUUAUAUAUAUAUUUUAGUAAUUUAUAUAGAUGUCGGCAACUAGGCAGGUCAGGCUUUCGUUUCAUUGCCACUGUUCCAAUAAAGCUUACAGUUUCUCCCUCUGAA